GUGACCUUGUCCAUUUGUAAACAAUAAGUAGUACCUUGCUACCUUGACAAACAUUUAUUUAUUUUCUUUUACUGUUCAUUAUUGCAGCUUGAUUUUUAAAGGUUAAUAAAGUGUUUUAAUUUCAAAAUGAAUAUUGAUUUCGAGACUAUGGCCGUGUUGGAAGAGGAGUCACAAAAUGAGUCCAACAACGGCGGUGUGUUUGGUUCGGUGGGCGCGUCUGGCGUUGAGGGUGGCGAGAGACGUGAGAGUGGUAAGCGCGGGCGCAGGCCCGGCAGGAAGGCACAGCUCGACAAACAAGACAUGAAGGCUAAACUUGAACGCAGUAGGCAGUCGGCUCGUGAAUGCCGCGCACGGAAGAAACUUCGCUAUCAGUACUUAGAGGAGCUGGUGGCGGACCGUGAGCGCGCAGUCAUAGCUCUAAGGAAAGAGCUUGACAAGUAUUACAAAUGGAAUCUCGAGUUGGAUCAGGGUCGUAUGCCUGAGGGUAUAGAUGGGAUGCUGCAGGAAAUAGGAGUUAUCAAGCAGGAGGAAGUGAAACCAUUUUAGAUGGCGACACUUCGAAUAUAACUAUCUAUAUGUUGCCAUAUUUUGUAUAUCGUAUUUGUACGAUGCUUGUAUUUACCUUAUUGGACACUAACUUUAAAUAGAUGGUAGGCGAUAAAUUUUUAAAUACACGUUAGAUAGUUUUCCGUAUUAUGGGCCACGUGGAAUGCUUAAUACAUUACAUGACAUGUUUUAAUUUAGGGGCGUCCUAUUCUGUUAAUGAUUGUACAAUCGACAGAACAUUAGGUUCUUCAAAUCUAUAAUUAUUUUAAUCGAUUCGAUUUUAGACCUUAAUCUGUUCAAUGUUAGUUU